CCUUUGGCGUUUACUUCCUGCUUCCUCGACAAUGGCGGCUCGCGGCGUGGGGCUUUUGACCCGUUUGCCCCUGCAUUCCCAGAGAAGGAGCCGAGUCCAGCGCUCUAUCUCCUCCAGGCACCUCAGUUGUCCAGGGACUGUAGCCGCAAACUUUGGGAGCGAAGAGCAGCCUUCGGGGGGUGCGGAGACAGGCUCUGAAGACAAGAUCCCCAAAAAGAGAUUCUCUGAGGUGCAGGAGGAAAGAAGAGAACAGGCUCAGCGGACUGUUUUGAUACAUUGCCCAAAUAAUAUCAAUGAGAAAAAGUUUCUUAAGUAUUUAUCCCAGCAUGGACCAAUUAACAAUCAUUUCUUCUACGAGAGCUUUGGUCUCUAUGCUGUUGUAGAAUUUUGCCAAAAAGACGGUGUAAACUCAUUGCAGAAUGGUACACAUAUUCCAAAACAGAGUACAGAGCCUGCAAUUCCGUUUAAGUCACGCUUCUUGAACUUAAAGCUAAAGAAUUCAUCUAACCAGAUACCUGAAGAGUUGCAUGCACAGACAAACAACCAGUCACCUCCUUCAAGCAAGAAGCUCUUUGAAUUACUGAAUUAUGCAGAAAACAUAGACGAUCAGCUGAACACUCUCUUGAAGGCUUUCCAGCUCACAGAGGAGAAUGUCAGGCUCCGCCAUCUCACCUGCUCUCUCGUUGAGGACAUAGCUGCUGCAUAUUUUCCCGGCUGUGUCGUUCGGCCCUUUGGCUCCUCAGUGAACACAUUUGGCAAAUUGGGAUGUGAUUUGGACAUGUUUUUAGAUCUAGAUGAAAUUGGAAAACUUGAUGUUCACAAGAAUGCAGGGAAUUUUUCAACGGAAUUUCAAAUGAAAACUGUUCCUUCAGAAAGGAUUGCAACCCAGAAGAUCCUAUCUGUAAUAGGAGAGUGCCUUGACAAUUUUGGCCCUGGCUGUGUGGGUGUUCAGAAAAUACUAAAUGCUCGGUGUCCACUUGUGAGAUUCUCCCAUCAGGCCUCUGGAUUUCAGUGUGAUUUGACUACUAACAACAGUAUUGCUUUGAAAAGUUCCGAACUCCUUUAUAUAUAUGGCUCCCUGGAUACAAGAGUAAGAGCCUUGGUGUUCAGUGUACGAUGCUGGGCUCGAGCACACUCAUUAACAAGCAGUAUUCCUGGUUCGUGGAUUACAAACUUCUCCCUAACGGUGAUGGUCAUCUUUUUCCUUCAGAGAAGAUCGCCCCCCAUUCUUCCAACUCUGGAUUCCUUAAAAUCCCUAGCAGAUGCUCAAGAUAGAUGUAUCCUAGAUGGACACAAUUGUACAUUUGUUCGGGACUUGUAUAAAAUUAAACCUUCAGGAAACACAGAAACAUUAGAAUUACUACUGAAGGAAUUUUUUGAGUAUUUUGGCAAUUUCGCUUUCAAUAAAAAUUCCAUAAAUAUUCGACAGGGAAGGGAGCAGAACAAGCCCGACUCCUCUCCACUGUACAUCCAGAACCCUUUUGAGACAUCUCUCAAUAUAAGCAAGAAUGUGAGUCAGAGCCAGCUGCAGAAGUUUGUGGAUUUGGCCAGAGACAGUGCCUGGAUCUUGGAACAGGAAGAUAAGGGUCAGCCUUCCCUUUCAAGUAAAAAGCCCUGGGGCCUGGCCACCCUCCUGCUACCACCUGGGGCAGUCAACACACCUCUCUCCAAGAAGAAGAAAAAGCCGGUGAGUGAAAAAGUCAAAGGCUUAUUAGCAUCCAUAAAAAGUAGCACUGCAGACAGUUCCAAGGGCACCCAUGGAAAGAACACAAUCAGUACACAGGCGUGAUGGCGACUGCUUUGGACUUCUGGGAAGAGCUGCCAUGAAACUUUGACAGGCCUUAACCUUCAUCUGACACCGUCUGUCACGAUCUCAUCACCCUUUCACUUGAUCUGAAGUUCUGGAUAGUUCUUUCCAAUCAGGUAGAGCUUUAUUAAAAUAUCAGUGAUAAAGAAUAUGUAAAAGACGUAUUUGAACUCUGCAAAGUGAAUGGUAAAAAUCAAUUUUAUCAGCAAAACAGCUGAUAUUUCUGUCAGGCCCUAGUUGGAAAUCAUUUCAAAACUCUAGUUAAUUAUCUCCAUGUAUAGGUGAUGAAUGCAAUAAAGCUCCAAAAUUUGGUAACACUCUGUUUUCUAUUUUUCAACCGAAGUUCUCUUAUUAGGUGUUUUGAUUUCUGGUUGGUAAUGAGUUUUACAAUGGACUGCUAUGUAUACUCUAUUUUUGGUGAUCCCUCCCUCCUCCCUCCUCCUUCGCUCUCAGCACUGCCUGCCACCCACCAGCCCUCUGUUCAGUUUGCUUCAUUUGUGAGUGAAUGUUCAGCUACUCCCUCCUCUUCCCUCCCCGUAAGGCCUUCCCCACAAAGGUCUCCAAAGCUUCAAGAUCUGUAUCCCUACAUGUUCCACACUUAACAUUUUCUACACAUACAUCACGUGUAGCCCAAGGUCCACACAGGAGAGGAAGAGUACAGCUGUGACUUUCUGGGCCUGUGAUCCUUCAUCAAGUGGAGUCUCCUCUUCACAGGUAAACAGGCUAGCUCUGAUUUUUCAAACUGCCUCUAAAAUGUAGACACUUAGUCAUGGCGUCUGUGUUCUAAGAUAUGUAAAUAUUGGAUAUAGUAUGCUUUAAAAUAUAUUUUGUUUUAAAAUUGAAUUUUACUUUUGUUUUCAAAAAUAAAACCCUGUUUCUACUGAA